AAUCGCAAAGCACCCAACGCACGGUUAGUUGGUGUUUGCUCCGGGAAUUCACAGCUAAAUUCAAGAGAUCUCGAACACACUCUCUAAAUUCCCUGACUGAUAGGCGGAAAACGUUGAAAACGUCGAUCUUCACCAAAGCCAAUAUAAAGAGUGUACUUGGUGUAGGAGGCAAUGUUCUUGUGAAACGACAUCUUAUUUUUAAGUGUGUAGUGUGUGGUGUGUGUGCACGCGUUUGUCUAAAGAGAGCCGCAUGCAUUAGCAUCAACAUAAGAGCGCACAAAGAUAAAUGAACUCUGCGUGGUUUUCGUUUGCAUUGCAAGUAUCUCACAAGUUGAAGUGUUGCAGUGAAUCCAACAAAACAGAAUCGCUUUGAACGGCUUGUCGGUAGGAUCAUUGUCUUCUAGCCUUCCUACGUUCGGAAAGCACAAGGGCCAGAAGGAAGCGCGGGUGGAGGAACGAAUUUCGGCCUUUGCACCAUUUGGUGUAAAAGAAAAACAUUUGUCGUCUAGGCAAGCGAGAAAAAUUGUACUGUGACGGUUCGAGUUUUUUUUGUUUGUGUAUUUGGGGAAUUCGCGGGCGACUGGCAGCCACACUUUGGCCUCAUACUUAUUUUUGUGUCGCGUGUAUUUAUGAUUAUUUUUGCCGCCGAAAUCGGAAAAUUAGUCAUGUUUGUUGAGUGAAAAACGAAGGAGAAACGCAAAAGAAAAACAAAAACAACAGCCACCAAGUUAAACCGGAAAACUAUUGUCAACAAAGCCAGAUUUGGAAACAAAAAAGAGUACUAAGGUCUCCUUAUCACAAUGAAUUCCAAAUACGAGAAUAUGAAAAUCAUCUACAAUCGUAGCAAAUUUGGGUGGUAUUGGGCUCCCGUAUUUGUGGCCUUUUGGUUUCUGCUUUUCUUUUUGGUUGUCAUUCCGAGUUUUCGUCAUUUUCCCGAGACCAUCACCACUGACCAGGAGGCCAAUAAUAAGGGCCGUUUCAUUGGAGAGAGGGCUGAAAAUACCCUGCUGAGACUAUCAAAGAUAGGACCCAAAGUUGUGGGUAGCCCGGCCAAUGAGCAUGCAACAGUAAACCUUCUCCUGCUGGAAAUAUCCAAAAUAAAAGACGAAGCCCGUCUAGAUUUGUACAACAUUGAGGUAGAUGUCCAAUUGGGAUCGGGCAAUUAUGUUCUCUGGAAAAUGGUGAACUGCUAUCAAGUGAUACAGAAUGUGGUGGUAAAAGUGUCAUCGAAGAAUUCCAACAGCAACUCAUCGCUAUUGAUCAACAGCCAUUUCGAUUCCGUUCCUGGAAGUUCGGGCGCGGGAGAUGCCGGUAUGAUGAUUGUGAUAAUGUUGGAGACCAUGAGAGUGAUCACAAAAUAUGACAACCCUUUGCAACACUCCAUCGUAUUUCUGUUCAAUGGCGCCGAAGAAAACCCCCUACAAGGAUCGCAUGCCUUCAUAACGAGUCACAAAUGGGCACCGAAUGUGAAGGCGUUCAUUAAUUUGGAUUCGGCAGGUUCAGGAGGACGUGAAAUACUUUUUCAAUCUGGCCCAGAUCAUCCCUGGCUUAUGAAUUACUAUGGAGCACAUAUCAUGCACCCGUAUGCAUCGACAAUUGGGGAAGAGUUAUUUCAGAAUGGCUUUAUACCUUCCGAGACAGAUUUUCGCAUUUUCCGUGACUUCGGGAACAUUCCCGGUUUAGAUAUGGCUCACUCCUUCAACGGAUAUGUUUAUCAUACAAAAUAUGAUCGUUUCAAUGCUAUUCCCAGGAGAACAUACCAGUUGACAGGCAAUAAUGUCUUAAAUCUGGCCAAGGCAUUGGCAAAUGCCCCGGAGUUGGAAAAUACGGAGGCUCAAUCAGAGGGUCACACAGUAUUCUACGACAUUCUCGGCUGGUUCAUCGUUUAUUAUUCCGAGCAGACCGGCCUAAUCAUAAACAUUGUCGUUUGUAUAGUGUUCAUACUGACGCUGCUCGGAUACAUUUGGAAUAUGGCUCAUCAGACCGGAAUGUUUCGCCGACGGAUUUUCACCAAGUUUGGCAUUCUAUUCGGCAUACAAUUGGGCGCCGUCAUCCUAUCUAUGGGUAUCACACUACUGAUAGCUGUUUUCAUCGAUGCUGUGGGUCUUUCGAUGCCUUGGUUCUCACACCCUUGGUUUAUAUUCGGCUUAUAUUUUUGUCCCAUGUUUUUUAUAUUGGGCAUACUGCCGGCUAUUUACCUUAGUCGGACCAAAGAGCAUGGACUGCCGCUGGGCUAUGGCAUCCAGCUGCUAAUGCAUGCCCAUUGUCUAAUACUAACGGUCAUCACCAUUUUGAUGAUAUCUUUUGGAAUACGUUCUGCCUUCGUCAUUAUGCUGUGCAUCGCCUUCUAUACGCUGUCGGUGAUUUUGAAUAUUGUCACGUGUUUCCAUAAGAAGAACUUCCUGUGGCUUAUUCCGCACAGCCUAUGUCAGAUUCUGCCAUUCCUAUUUUACACGUACAUAUGCUAUGCCUUCUAUGCCACAUUCAUUCCCAUGGAGGGGCGAGAUGGAGCCAACAGUAAUCCGGAAUUGUUGAUGGGCGGUUUUACGGCUUUAAUGAGUCUAAUGUUUGCAGCUUUCUUGAUUCCUAUACUCUGUCUAUUCCGCAAGGCAAAAACCAUCAUUUCAAUAUUCGGGGUGAUUUGUGUCAUUUUCAUUAUCUUGGCAGCCACACCAGUUGGUUUCCCCUAUGUGGAGAAAGAGGCUCCUCAACGGUUCUUUGCAGUGCAUACCACCCGAACCUUCCACAAUGGCGAUGCAGCAAUGAGUAUUAGGCGGCAAGAUUCCGGCUAUUAUGUUGUCCCUGUGGACAGACAUCCUCACUCAAUUGACUUCAUGUUUGAGAACUCAAAUCUCACCAAAGCUAGUCGACAUGAGGAUUGCGAAAAAGAAAUACAGUGUGGGUUCCCGAUUUACAGCACCAGAUGGCUGGGAUGGAGAGCACAAAGUUUCUGGAUACCUGCCCCACAGCCCAACUUGCAGGGAUGGCCCACAUUACGAAUCGUCUCUAAACAAAUGUCCGAUCCAGAAGAGGUUGUUUUUGAGUUGGAGAUAGCAGGCCCGAAUCAUAUGAGUAUUUUCAUACAGCCCUUGGAAAAUGUCACCCUGGCGGAUUGGUCAUUCACCAAGGAACCUCUAGGAGAGAAUUUCGAACCACCCUAUUAUGUGUACUUCUCAUAUGCGAUGGAUCCAUCGCCUCUGAGAUUUCAGUUAGCCUUUAGGCACGAAGACCCUGAUUGGUCGGGUUCCACAUUCGACAUUGCGGUAAUUGGUCAUAAGGUCUAUGACGACAUCAGUAUCACAGAAGAUUUCAGGGAGUUUGUUGCAAGUUUUCCCGGCUGGGCACAUGUUAGCUCGUGGUCAGGUUCCUACGAGUCUUGGAGAUUAUAAACCUAUCGUAGACCCCUCAAGGACGUCUAGCUCGUAAAAUAAGCCAUUAAUGUAAUGAGAUUAUUGCUGUGUUUUAUUUUAGUCCUAUGCAGUGCAAGUCAAAUGUUCGGCAUAGGCAUACAGUGUAAAAUUGUACUGCGAUAAUAGAUGAUAACAACCGAUUAAUCGUGAUUUGCUCGGUAUAGUACUAAACUAAAACCCAGCAUAUUUGCCAGUAAUCCAAAUGAACAAAUUGUUUUAAAACAACGACCCCAAACGAACAUAAUUUUAAGUGACAACAACUAUUUAUUCCUCCUGUAUAUGUAUGCGUGUACAUACAUACGUAGCUCUUAAGAUGAUUGAUAAGUCCAAAGAAAAGUUUGUAGAUGAUUUUUGAAAAAAAAAAACGCAUAAAUUUGUUUUUAA